AUGUUUAGGAAAUUAGUAGGUGGUGGUAAAAAAGAGGAAAAGAUUGACUCAAGCAAACUUAUAAAAAUUGAGAUUCCUCUUAAUGAUCCUCCAAAGGACUUUAAAAUUCCUCCAGAGAAGGAAUUGACAGAUGACCAGAAACAAAUGUAUGAGAAUGUCCUAGCACAUUUUAGCACUCCUGAUUUAGAGAUUCCUACUGAAGAAAAGAAACAUGCUGAAAAUGGGAAAUCAUCUCCUUUAACAGUCUAUGAAAAAGCUUGGCUUUCCAGGGAAUGUAUCUUGCGUUAUCUGAGAGCUACAAAAUGGAAAGAAAAUGACUGUAUUGAUAGAAUUAAUUUAUCUCUAGGCUGGAGAAGACAAUUCGGUAUCAGUAACCUAGGUGAAGAAAAUGGAGACAAAGUAACGGCUAAGUCAGUAGAGAUCGAAAAUGAAACUGGUAAACAGGUAGUACUUGGUUAUGAAAAUGAUGCAAGACCUAUUCUUUACUUGAAGCCAGGACGACAAAAUACAAAGACGUCACACAGGCAAGUAGAACAUUUAGUGUUUAUGCUAGAGAGAGUUAUUGACUUCAUGCCACCAGGACAAGAUUCUUUAGCUCUAUUGAUUGACUUUAAAGAUUAUCCAGAUGUACCUAAAGUUCAAGGUAACAGCGCCAUUCCUCCAUUAGGGGUGGGUAAGGAAGUUUUGAAUAUUUUACAAAAUCAUUACCCUGAGAGAUUGGGCAAAGGUUUAGUGACAAAUAUUCCAUGGCUAGCAUGGACAUUUUUAAAAUUAAUUUACCCUUUUAUUGACUCAAUGACUCGUGAAAAAUUGGGGUUUGAUGAACCAUUAGUGAACUUUGUACCAAAAGAACAAUUAGAUAAACUUUAUGGUGGAUACUUAGAUUUUACUUAUAAACACGAAACAUACUGGCCAACUAUGCUAAAAAUGGCAAAAGUUAAAAGAGAGCACUAUUUUGCCAGAUUUGAAAAAUUUGGUGGUACUAUUGGUUUAAGUGAAUAUGAUUUAAGAGGUACAUCUGAUAAACAGAAGUAUCCACUAAAAAAGGCAUCUACUAAGGAAAAAGCUAAAGAAAAGAAUAAAGACAAAGUUAAAUCUGUAGAAGCAUCUAUUGAAGAAACAAAAAGUCAAUUGGCCUCUGAAGCCAGACCUGAACUGAAUGGUACGUCAAAAGAGCUAAAAGAAUCGAAUUCUAUUAUAAAAUCUGAAAACAUAGCCAAAAAAUCCUCUAAUGACAGUUCAAAAAGCAAGACAAUAAAAUCUAAAAAUGGAUUUGAAGAGGAAAAUGAACAACAAUCAGAAGAAACGUCCAAAUUUAAGUUAAAAUCUGGAACCGAGGAGACUAAAGUAACAACUAAAGAAGACACUAAAAUUAUUGAUAAAAAGGUGGUAAAGACAAGUAUAAAGGGGGAAUCCAAAGAUGAUUCUAAGCAUAAAUCUAAACGUGAAUCAAAACUUGAAUCAAAAAAUGUAUCGAAACCCGAGCCAAAGCAUGAAUCAAAACAUGAUUUAAAGCAUGAUUUAAAACACAAAAUUGUUAAAGAAUCAAAAAACGGAUCGAAGCAUGAUUCAAGGCAUUCUUCGAAACAAAAAUCAUCAAAUGAUUCUAAAGAUGAAAUAAAGAAAAAACAAAAGGAUGAUAAGCAUAAAGAUAAUUUAAAAGAAAAGUCCAAAGAAAAACCUAAGAAUAUGAUAUCAAAAGAUUCUAAAGCAGAAUCUAAAAAAAAGUAG